AUUCAGACAAGGCUCCGUUCAAGUUGUUCUGCUCCACAAUCUACUUAGUCAAACAACUCUUUGGAAUAAAAAAUGGCCAAAGAAAAACAGUAAACCCAAAAAUUGUAUUUAAUUAUCGGCAUUGUGUCAUUGCGCUUUACUUUAGUACAGUUGUAUUUACCAAUGACAGUAACAAUAUUUGCACUCCCACAGACUUAGCUGGGAGCAGCUUCAUCAGCAUUCCCCCACAGACUUCCCGUGACGCAAAUGACGUCCUGGGUUACGUACGUUCCUUAUACGUGCGUCAGCAGAUCGACGUCCCCUGCGCUUAGCCGCGCUCUCCUGAAACAGUUACGUUGCCGCUUGUGACCCGGUCUAUGUUUGGUUUCGGAUUUAAUAAGACGCUCUCCGGCGACUCGACGCACAGCUGGAAAACUAUAGGCAUCCACUCACUACAACUUUGUACACAUGGCUACUCCAGAUGUCAGCGUUCAUGUGGAGGAAGUAGUUGUCGUAACAACACCUGAUACCCCAUCAGAUGGAAAUUCAGUUGAAGAGGUUAAGACAGUUUUAGUUGACUUCAAAUCAACACAGCCGAGUUUGGCACUGAAUGUUAUGGAAACAUUGUUAAGUGGAGGAUUAAGUGAAGAUAGUAUGGACUCUGUCAACACUCCUGGAACCUAUUCAUCUUCCUCCACACUUAUUCAGAAGGGUGAUAUUAUUGAGGUAAAAAUUGGAGAUGAGGCUGAUAAUAUGGAGCCAGAAAUCAUUUAUCCAAUAACGUGUGGAGAAAGUAAAGCUAACCUUAUCUGGAAGAAGUUUGUUUGUCCUGGUAUCAAUAUCAAAUGUGUGCAGUUCGACAAUCAGCUUAUAAGCCCAAAAGAGUUUGUGAAUUUAGCUGGAAAAUCAACAUUAAAAGACUGGAAGAGAGCUAUUCGCUUGAACGGUGUGAUGCUGAGAAAAAUCAUGGAUUCAGGAGAAAUGGAUUUCUUCCAACAUAGUAAAGUGUGUUCCAACACUUGCCGUAGUACAAAAAUUGAUCUUUCCAGUGCCAGAUCAUCUCUGAGCAGUCAGCAAUCAACAGAAUACAUCCCAGUGACUCCUGCUAUAGCUGAUGUUAAUGGCUCACUUGCAACAUCUGGAAUUGAGAGUUGUGAAGACAGUUGUGAAUGGAUUUCUGCUAUUGGAGAUGACACAUUCUCAUUUUGGCGUGGCUUAAAAGAAGCAGGUUUGCUAGAAGAGGUUAUACAGGAGUUUCAGCAAGAAAUGCAAGGUUCUUUGAAAAGCCUUCAACAAAGAAUGCAUCAGCCUCCUCUUCAAGUUGGAGAUGCAGUCAUUCUUAAUAAUAUUGUACAAAGUUUUGGUCUGUUGGACCUUGUUAAAAAAGUUUUGGCAAGUCAUAAAAGUCAAAUGGAUCGUUCCCGAGAGCAGUACACACGAGAUUUAGCAGCUUUGGAACAACAAUGUGAUGAACAUCGUAAACGAGCCAAAGAAUUAAAACACAAAUCCCAGCACCUAAAUAACGUCCUCAUGACCUUGACUCCAGUUGCAGCAGCUCCUCCUUCAAAACGACCUCGUCUUACAAGGGCAACAUCAGGACCAGCAACUGUGGCAGCUCAUAUGGUUACAGCAUCUCAAUCAGGUCAGAUUACAUUGGCUUCUGGAGUGCCAAUGUCUCAGCUGACAAAUAUAGGAAAAAUGACAACAUUAUCCACUAUUCCAGUCUCAGGAGUUGGUAAGAAUCCACACACAGCAACAUUUACUGCUGCAGCUUCACCAUUAAUUGGAGGGUACAGUGUUCUAGCAUCAAGUCCCGGAAUACCCAACGCAGUUGAAAUCCAUCCAGAUGCUUCUAAUUUGGCUGUGCUAAGCACAGCCGCUAUCCAAGAUGGGAACACAGUGUUGAAAGUAGUCAGUCCGAUCCAGCUUUUCACUACAGUUCCUGGUCUCAAUGCUGCACUUCAUAAUGUCAACCAAAUGGCACCUGUUGGAAGCACAUUUAUGGCUGUACCUUCGGGCACUGUUGAAACCACAUCAGGAGAAGGACAUACCACUAUACAGGUAACAUCAAUAAGUGAAGAACAUGAACAGAAGCCAUAGUUCUGGAAAAUUGCCUCAUGGUAUUAUUGGAAUAUUGUGUUAAAAUGACUUGUUACUGAAUGUAACUUUUGAGAAUAGUACCGAGUGGUUUCUGUUAAACUGUGGGUAAAUUUUCGUCACCAAGUGUAAUGGUAAAAAUGAAAGCAGCAAAAUCAUGGAUCAGAUUCAGAUUUCUCAACUCUUUUUCAGACUUUGUCUUAACUACAGAAAUAAAGACAUUUAUGGGAUAUGCUUGGUAGAGUUGUUUAUAAUGCAUUUUACAGAGCUUUGGACUGUAUUUUGUGUGCUUUAAUAUCUAAUAACACUCAAACUAUUGUUAUGUUGUUGCUUAAAAAAUGACUUCUGGAGGUUUUUUUCUUUUUAAUAGGUGCUCUCACUGUUUUCUAACAACUUUUUUUGUGUUGUGUUGUUUGGAUAAUCACAUGGCUAAUCAGGAGAAUAUGUAAAUACCUGGCUGUUUUAAUUUGUUUACAGCCAAAUGUUGUGCAUUCAUUAUAUUUAAAAUAAGGCUAGUAUGUGACUGCAAAGAUCUAUGAUUUUGUCAUAUAAAAAAACAGUAAAAUGCAAAAAAUAUAUUAAAACUAUGAGCAAAUUGGUUUAUUUAAAAACAUGUUUACAUAUUGUGUAUGAAAUUAUUAUUUGAUUCCUAUUUUAGUGACAGUCCCAAUGUGUUGUACCCUUUUUAUUCAUGAUUAAAAUGUGGUUAUUUGGA